CUGAUGGGGGGGACAGCUGCACUGGGGCCAUGGCCGGAGGUUAUGAUGAAGCGCAUGCUUGAUGUCAUUUGGGAGUUGGAGGAGGGGCCGGCUCCUCAACUCGAUGAUUUCAUUGACUGGCAUCAAGCAGGGCUUCUCAUGCACGGAUGCUACGACAUCUUCAGGAAAGGGCAGGAUCGUUGUGCCACCUUGGAGGCAGGGCUGUGGCUGCGCUCUGAUGGGAGUGAUCAGAGUCUGGGCGCGGGUGAAGGAUUGACGGCAACAUCGAUAACGACAACAACAAAUAUCAUAACAGUGAUAACUGAUGGUGGCCACCACGACAAAGAUGAGGUGGACAACAGCAGCAGGGUCAGGAACAACAGCUACGACGUUGAAGAUGGUGUGAAUAGCAACGUCACUCCAAAUAACAUGUCGGCACUGUAUUUGACAACGGUGGAAGCUUCGGCGACGGCGCCUGAGACAAUGAGAACAUCAGCAAUGUCAACACCGGUUACCAAAACGACAUCCAGCAUAUUAAAGAAGAUCACCACGAUAUCACCAUCACCGCCAUCGAUGGUGAUGGCGACAACAAUAACAGCGCGGGAUCUGCGGGUCGUGCAUGUUGUGUUCCAGCGCAAGAACGAUUGCUUGACUGAGGAUGGGAGAUCACCGCUGGUGGUCACUCGUCGAUACAAAACUAAUGGAUUUGAUACAAAACUCUCCCCCCGUUCUAUGGAUGUACAUUUGAUACAAAACUAAUGAGUAUGGUGGCAUCUCAGGGGAGGCAUUGUGAUGAGUGGCCGACUGGGAGUUGGGAUCGGCGGAUAACUAGAGCGCCCCUUGGUC